AUGGACUCAAUGCCCAUUGACGUGGCAAAGCUGUAUGUUAAGACGAAGUCGGACUGGUUCGAGGCGAAUCUGGGAUUUGGAGAGUGGAAGGACACAGUUUGGGGCGACAGACCAGAAAUCCUGAUAACAAAUGGCCUUUCACUGGCGGGUUGCUGGCCGUUUCUGGAUAAAAAGGUGGUCCGUGACCACUUCAGCACGCUGUGCUACGGACUUUGGGGAGUUACAGGAGCAAUGUUUUCGAACCUGGUGAACCAGGAGUCGUUUAUUCACGACGUUACACACCUUUACGCAAACGACUACGAAAAUGACACAAAACGCAAUUUUACAGUCCUACUCUCAUCGGAUUUCGAGGACAGAGCGUGCCUCGACGCGUUAUAUAAACUGAGGAUGAUAUACCCCUGCCUCUGCACAAACGGACUCGUGGCAGUCCUAGGGGACGAAAGACUCUUUGUGCGCUCGUCGUACCGGGGUAUUAACCUGAGAGUCGAGAGGGUGAACGGCGAUUUGGCGUUUAAAGCCAGGGUACAGUUCACAGUUCAGGGCUCAAAGCUGCCGGAGAAGUUCGGAGGCUUCUUCCCGGAAAACAGGGCGCCCCGAGUGUGCCUAACGACCUCGGAGUCGAUCGUGAACCUGGUGUACCCGAAUUCGCUGCGUUCACAAAACUACAACAGCACCAGCUUCAACUACAUGGACCCCAAGUCCAGGGAGUUGCUGGACGACAAGUACCAGCAGCUUAAACUAAACUUCAAAGACGGAUAUGAGCUAUUGGCGACCUCAAGCGAGCUGCUGUACGAGGUCUCGGAGCUGGAGAGCAGGUACCUCCGAGUGUUAAAACGAGUUCAGUCGUCGCUCUUGAUAAAGGUCUCGAAUCUGACGAACCAGUACAAGAAGGUCUGCGUGCAUCAGCCGCUGCCCUACUGGCUCAAGCCGCUGGUACACUCACUCAACGUGGUCGUUGAGUACAUGGGCGACAACAUUACACUGUACGAGUGCAAGGCGGCCGACUGCUUCGCAAGAAACAGCGUCUCGAGCGUUAAUUUUAAUUUACUCACUGACACCAUGGAUCGGCUGCUCCCUGAUCGAUUCCGCCCCUAUUUACACGUGGCUUACAACCUGUUCGACGCAGUCCCGAAGUUACCGACCUCAGCCAACGACCCUCUGAUGAUCUACGAGCUGGGCAACAACUGGAACCAGUUUGGCAUUUACAUGUCGCUGCCGCCGAACAGUGUCAUGUAUCUGUCCGCCGAGCUUUCGAAGGACAACAUCACCUACGAGGACAUUCACCUCGCUGCGCACAGAGGCCAGCUCAUCCCGGCAGGGCUCCUUCUGGACCUUAGCAACUUGAAUUCGUGCUCUUCCUACGACUCACCGUACAAUUUUGGGGCGCUGUCGAGUUACAGGUGUAAUCACUACUACUAUUUUCUAACGUCGUUCUUUUCGCAGAUUGUUUUACCAGACAACACUAUGAUUUUCAAUGUUAUGGCGGCAGUUGGUGCUGUAAGUGCACUCCUGUUUGGCUUUGUUUUCAACACUUUUACCAAGGAUUGGGAAAAAUCUCUUAAUGUCUCUUAG